AUGAGGGAAUACCAUCAAGUACAGGAAAGCCUCUUCUGUUUCUGGAGGGGCAGAGCGAUCAUCGCAUUCCCACACAUGAUCAUUCACGGAGACUUACAGGGACAUAUAAUAGGGCACUCCAUUCUCCAUGGAGGUUCAGGGUUGCAUGCGCUUUCACCUACAGUCAAGAAUUACCUCUCAACUGAUGCUGAUAGUGACAACCCUCCAACACUAAAAGUGGAAGACAUCCCUACCAUUGCGUUGCGGCAAAUUGUUACUGAGGUAUGUAGAAAAGACAGUGCUAACCUUACUACCAGACAGUUGAAUACUGAUAACUCAAACCUCCAAGGGUAAUGUAAAAGAGGUUUGAGUUAUCGUGAGUUUGAGUUUUUGGAAGAUGAGGAUAAGUUACCAUGUAAUUUACGUAAUGUGUCUUUUGACUUAAUCAGGUUUUAAUGGUUAUGUUAAAAAAAUGAACAAUAUUUACAGACUGUAUUUUUGGGUUCCUAGCAUCGAACAUUAAAGAUAGUAAUAUUAAAUUACUGUACAACAAUUCGUGCAAAGACCGAGUGUGUCACUACAGGAAGAACAUCUAUAAAAUGGUAUUGGAAGGUCAAGUUGAACGUCUUGCUAUUCACAUUGAUCUUUUGUCCCUAAAUAAGCAUCCUGGCUGAUUCUAUAACAUUUGCCUGGAGUUUUCAAGGUUCUGGCUCUCCCUUGCUCAUUGAGAGGGUUUUAUCAGUUUAGUACCUUAUUAGGAUGAUAUACUUUGAACUUUUGUUUGGAACUUUCGAUCGAUGUAUACCUGCCAACUCUCACGCCUUAGGCGCGAGUCUCACGCCGGCGGGUUGAAAACUUCGAUCUAACGCCCGCUCACGCCUGCGGACCAAUUUCUCACGCCUGAUUGAAAAAUGUGAGUUGUUGCCGUCUUGCUUGACACAAUUUCCAAAAAUAUGUUAACUUAGACCCAUGUAAGGAACGAAAACCAUGUGUAAAAUGAAUAAAUGACAAUACCUUCCUCUCGAUCUCUGAUUUUGUGGAUAAGCAUUUUCUCGAUAACUUCGCCUUCGGCAGACUUCGGACGUCUUCGGAAGACUUCGGACUUCUUCGGGAAUCUUCGGAAAUGAUCGUGUCGUUUUCAAAAAUCCCAGCACUCCCAGGAUAAAAAUCUCACGCCUACAUCUCAGAAAAAGUUGGCAGGUAUAUUGAUGUCAGUGUGUUUGCUCUUAGGUUGCUUGAUAUGCUGCCUAUAGAUGACAAACCCAGUACAGAUCUUAAAACUGCCCUAGACCCGUACAUGCUAGAAGCAGGUCUUGAUCCGGAUCAGCUAGAGAGUGUUAUGACUUUCCACGUAAUAGAUAAACGUCGUCUUGCAUUGGAUGACAUCAUUAAAGGUAACAAUAAGAUUAUGAUCUUUUCUAUUUUCCUAUCCUAGUCAAAUGUUUAAAUUAGCUAGUAUGCUCGCAGCAACACUAAUCUUGACAGACUUUCCGUGUGCAGUUGGCCAUGUAGGUGCUGAGGACUAGUAUUAUAAGUCAGAGAAGUCAUGACAAUUUUCAGCUUUUGCAUAAAUUAUCAUGGGCUAGUGGGCGAUGAUUUUCUAAAUAUGCAAUACACAAGGUGAGUAACAAUAUUGUCCUCAAAUAACCAGAACAUGUCAUGAAAAUAACAAAUGAGUCUUGCUCGCGCAACAGUCUGCACUUGCACAGGCAAGACAAGUUUGUGAUUGUCAAGCACAUUGCUUUAUUUCAUUUUACAAUAACCAUUUUUUUUGGGAGGGGAGGGAGGGAGAAGAGGAGGUAUGUUACUGACAGUAUUUGACACAAGCUAUCAGGAAUAUCAACAAAAUUCCUUUUUGUUUGCACCCCAGUGAUUUCUUCAUAAACAGGAAUCCUAAUUAAUAAAAAAAAGAAGAUGGAAAAUCAUUAGUAUCAGAGCUUGCAUAAUAAUUGCUCUUUCUACUGUAAACUGCUAGUUAUGUAUUUUUAACUGUUUUUACUUUUGCCUGAUUAAGGGAUGGAAGAAGUAAAGCUGCACAGCUUUCUUAAGAAGUACCCAAAACUGGUGCUCCAUGUUUUCCCAACUGAUGCAGAACGCGUUGUCAGUGGAAAGGAAAUAAAAGAUUCAUUUUCAUUUGAGGACAAUUUAAAUGAAGAACAACAACGAACUGUUGAAUUCUUUAAAACCUACAUUGAUGAUGUUGAUGGUGUUGAAGGUAAAGCAAGGGGAGAAUAUGGAUGAUGGGUGGAAUCCUGCUGUUAAAAGGGAGAAAAAUGAUCCCAUCAACCAAGUUUCACAGAUAACAUACUAUUUAUAACAAAAUAAUUCAGAGGGAUGCAGCUUAAGUCCCACAUAGAGAAAUUAUGAUUGAAACAAUUCAAAUGCUAUGUAUUAAUCCAAUUAGGAUUUUCGACAUUAUUAAGGGUACCCUAAUUCAUUAUUGACUUUCUCCACAAUAAGGAACAAUGAAGCCCAGACGUAAAAGGAUGACAUAUUUCUAUCAAUUCAUUUACAGCAAACA